AUGGCUCUGACCAAACCUAUGAAUACCAUGCCCAUGGGCCCAUGGAAGAUCACAGUGUACGACCAGGAGUACUUCCAGGGAAAGCGUAUGGAGUUCACCGCCUGCUGCCAAAACAUCAUGGAGUGUGGCAUGGAGAACAUCCGAUCCCUGAAGGUUGAGUGUGGAGCUUGGGUGGGUUAUGAGCACUCCAGUUUCAUUGGCCAGCAGUUUGUCCUGGAGAAGGGAGACUACCCCCGUUUCGAGGCCUACAGCGGCAGCAACUCCUACCGCAUCGAGAGGAUGAUCUCCUUCAGACCCAUCUGCUCCGCUAGCCACAAGGAGUCCCGCAUAACCAUCUAUGAGAAGGAGAACAUGAUUGGCCGCCAGUUUGAGAUGUGUGAUGACUACCCCUCCCUGCAGGCCAUGGGCUGGUUCAACAAUGAGGUUGGAUCCAUGCACAUCCAGAGCGGAGCCUUCGUGUGCUACCAGUUCCCCGGCUACCGUGGCCACCAGUACAUCAUGGAGUGUGACUGCCAUGGAGGAGAGUACAAGUGUUACCGUGAGUUUGGCUCCCACGCCCAGACCCCUCAGAUCCAGUCCAUCAGGAGGAUUCAGCACUGAGCAGGAACCACAUUCAU